AUAAGAUCCUCAGCAGCGAGGUGCUGGCAUAGUGCGGCUGUUGGUCUUCUUCUGCCACCAUCAUGACCGUCUCCGCCACUCUCCUGGUGUCCGCCAUCAUGGCUUUCUUGGUGUCUGCGGUGACGUCACAGGAACAGGACAAGUUGUCAAUCAGCAUGCGCUGUAUGUCGCUGGGUCGGUUCCCGCACCCCAGAGACUGCGGAGGGUUCGUCGACUGUCUACCUGACGGCGAGGGGGGCCUGAGGGCUCGUGAGGGCUCCUGCAGGGGACGUGCCUUCCACCCCACACUCAAGAAGUGCGUCAGCUUGCAGAAGGUGGAUGGAUGCCAGCCCCGCGCGGCUAGAGCUCUGACCUCUGACCCCAAGUUAGACUACGUGUGUGAGGGCGCCAGCAGCGAGUUCGUGUGUGCCGACUGCAAAACACUGGUCAACUGCGUUAACGGCACGGCGUACCCGGAGCCUUGUGCCUCGGGCUACCUGUGUGCCACCAAGGAACAUAAAUUUGGAGGUGGCGUGUGUUACCCUGACGAGCCUAUAGGGUGUGCCUGCGAACAACCCAAUCAGUUCAAGGUUGAUGUAUACGAUGAAACUCACUUCUUGUUCUGCGAGGCCAAAGAUGCGGACCCACAAAUCUACCAGUGUCCUGAUGACCAUAUCUUCGACCCCACCAUGAGCCAGUGCACAAAUAACAAUGGGUUGCCGGAGUGUACCGCCAUCGGAGUCUUCGCCAACGUCAACAACUGCUCCCAGUAUUAUAACUGCAUUCCUACCAUUGACGGUUGGGUACAGAAGCCUUUCUCUUGUAACAACGAAUCUCACUUGGGACUUAUGUAUAACGAAGCUAGUGGCCAAUGCGAGGACCCGUGCGAUUGGAACAAGGGUAGUUUCAAAUGUGAAAACGAAGGUCGCUUCCCCGACCCUCUCAACUGCCAACGUUACUACGAUUGCGUGGCCGACUCAGCUCAGCCGUCAGGUUUCCGUCAGUCUCUGCACGAGUGCCCAGAAGGCUACGAGUGGGACCCUAGUGCAAGGAGUCAAUUCGGCCACUGUGUGGAGGAGGGUAACAGCUUGGCUAAGUGUGUUCCCGUCACCGCUAACAAGUGCGUUGUCCCUGACGGCCUGUGCAACCCGGAGCCGGUCACGAUCCAGCCUGAACAGCCAGAACAGUCUUCACAGCCUCCACAGCCUACACUGUCUGCACAGGCUGCGUAGUGACCCAUACAGACUGACGUAAGUUACAACCCUCUCCCCAUUUUAAUAAGUACUAAACUGUAUUUAAGGCAUUAGGACAAAAAAUAAUAAGUACGAUAGUAAAUAAUUAUACAGUUCGUAAACCUCUCUUUCCCCUUCCCCUCAAAAAAAUUCCAUUGUUAUUAUCAUCUUCCCAACAUAUUAAUAUGUACAAUACCGUGCUUGAAGAAAACUAACUUCCACGGAGCAGCUAUGGUUUGGUAAGGUUUGGCCUACUUGGUUAGGCUAGCUUAGGCAGUCAAAGUGCUAGGAAAGUGGAGGCUUCUUUUAGUCAUUUUUUCCAAAAAAAUAUGUAUAAUUAUGUAUUAAUGUAUUUAGUAUAACUUUCUACAAAAGCCUUGAAUAGUUUUGUAUUUAUUAGAAUGAGGUGAGAUUGUUCAUGACCCCGAGAGUCCACCGACCAACACAGUUUGUCUUUGUUAUGUAGUAUUAGUGACGUUAAUUUAUUCUUUGUUGACUGUAAUCAAAUAAAUUCAUGAUAAGUAAA